AUGACCGGACAAGAGAUUUCCCCGGGUUCGGUCAUCAGCCUGACCGAUGGGCGACAGGCCACCGUCCGCUUUCUCGGCACCACCCACUUCGCCGUUGGAGACUGGAUUGGCGUUGAAUUGGACGACGCUACUGGCAAGAACGAUGGCCAGGUUCAAGGCGAACGAUACUUUCACUGUGAGCCAGGAUAUGGCAUGUUCAUUCGUCCAACGGCCAUCGCCGCGGUGCUUGAACAGCCAACGCGGGAGAGUAAACAAAGCGUUAAGCCCGCCCCGGCGACUGCUGCCAGCAGACAAAGCGGAAUCACUCCUGCUACAAGGAAACCAGGUGUGCUGCCUGCGACGGCCAUCAAGCGACAGAGCACCAAUGCGACUGGAACACCCACACCUGCACCGAGAAUGGCCCCUCGAACUUCAAUAAGGUCUCCUACGAAGUCCCCGACGAAACAGCUCUCUGCGGCUUCGAGCCGUUCAUCACUAGGGGGCGCCCGCACUUCCACUGCCGCUCCGACUGCCACCAGACCUCGCCCGGCUGCCCAUGCCUCCAGGCCCUCUACCGGUGCAUCUACGCCUCAGCCUACCGCUAGAACCGGACGGCCCUCGGCGGUUGGUGCAUCUACAAGGACUUCGCGAGCAGGAUCCGCGGUGUCCAGCACAGCUGCCGGACUUUCCAAACGACCCUCUCUACGGCGGGUUGCCCCAGCAAAGGCGUCGGAUGGCGGAGAAACCGGGGCAAGCGGCCAGUCAGAAGGCCCAACCGAUGCGGAAUCUCUUGAUGCAGAAGGUGAAGCUCCUCAAGAUGAAAGACGAACACCUGCUCCCGCUCCAGCACCUACGCCCAAAGCUUCCAGACAAUCUUUGACUGCCCGGCCCGCAACAGCGCGUCCAAGUGCCGCCGGCACAUCGUCUCGCCCCGCCCAGAAUGCAGCGGUGACAAGAGAGCUAGAAGAGCUUAACACCAAGCUCCGGGUUAUGGAAAAGAAGCGUUCUGAAGAUCGGGAGAAGCUCAAGUCACUGGAGCAAGUGCAGACCGAGCGCGACAAGUUUGAGAAUAUUAUUCAAAAGCUGCAGGCCAAGUAUUCACCUCAGCAAAUGGAGAUCACGGAGCUGCGCAAGAAGCUCAAGGAAACCGAGGCUCGUCUCGAAGAGGUUGAGCGCAUGCAAGCCGAGCAUGAGUCGCUUAUGGAGAUGGCAACCCUUGAUAGAGAGAUGGCGGAGGAAACGUCCGAGGCAUAUAAACACGAGUGCGAAGCGCUUCGAUCCAAGAUGGAGGAACUUAAUUUGGAGGUGGAAGUGCUCCGCGAAGAGAACGAAGAGUUCAGCAAUGAGACCAAUCCCGAGGAUCGGUCUAGCCAUGGCUGGUUGCAGAUGGAGAAAACCAAUGAACGACUUCGCGAGGCGCUCAUUCGCCUACGAGACAUGACACAACAGCAGGAGGGAGAUCUUAAGGACCAGAUCAAGGAAUUGGAGCAAGAUCUGGAAGAGUACUCUGCUGUCAAGUCAGACUAUGAAGCUGCGAAGGAGCGACUUCUUGUUGCGGAGACUAAUGUCGACGAUCUCAAGCAACAGCUUGAGACUGCGCUGGGCGCUGAGGAAAUGAUCGAAGAGUUAGCCGACAAGAACAUGCGCUAUCAGGAGGAAAUCAAUGAGCUCAAGGCUGCUAUCGAAGAUUUGGAAGCCUUGAGGGAAAUCAGUGACGAGCUGGAAUACACCCACAUUGAGACUGAAAAGCAGCUCCAAGAAGAGCUUGAUUAUAAAGAGACCGUCUUCAAUGAACAGAUCAAGAAAAACGAGCAGCAAGAGGAGGCUAUCGAGGAGUUGGGAUAUACACUGGGUCGCUUCAGAGAAUUGGUUACCAAUCUACAGACUGAUCUGGAAGACAUGCGGUCAUCGCAACAGAUUUCAGAAGCCGAAGCUACAGACCUCACCACCCGGUCAAGAGCCAUGAUGAACCUUAACAUGAAGCUCCAGGCCUCAGUGUCCAAGGCUCAGACUAAGUCCAUUGAUGUGGAGCUUAACCGGAUGGAAGCUGAGGAAGCGGUACAACACCUUUCGAUCAUCAAGUUAUACCUCCCCGAAUAUUUCGACGGUGAACGAAACUCUGUCUUGGCUCUUCUGCGAUUCAAGCGUGUUAGCUACAAGGCCACCAUCAUGAACACCACCAUCCGCGAGAAAAUCUCCGACGAGUCCACGCUUGCGACCCCCGACGAACUUUUCCAUUCCCAUGAAGUUCUUGAACAGCUGCUCUGGAUUACAACCGUCUGCAAUCAAUUUGUCAACCACAUUAGUGCUUGCACUCCUGACGAGUUUAUAAACACCAAGGCUGCUCUUUUCGAGAUGGAGCCCGUCGAGCGCACAUUGAACUUCUGGGUUGAGAAUUGUAAGAAGAACGAGGUCAACAUGCAGAAGUUUGGCGUGGAACUGCACCGUUCUAUUGCUUUGCUUGCGCACUUGGCUGAGACUAUUCUGCCAUCGACACCGGAGAUGUUUGCCGACGAGAUGUGUAUGCGUACGAGUCUUUCCCAGUCAUAUCUUGAUCAUGCUGCAAGCGGCAUCGCAAAUAUCAGGGCUCUGGUUGCUUCAAAACUUGCAGCUCCAGAAGAAUCCUCCGAAGAGGGCAGCGGCAGUGGCAGUGGGAGUGAGGAGAACGAAUUCUCUCUCAAACAGCUUGACAUCUUUGUGUCCCAGGCUCGUGGCUUAAAGGUGGCCACCGGAAAGAUUUCUCGGGCCCUCGAAGACCUCAGGUCACGAUCCAUGGCACCUGUAAGAGAGGAUGCCGACGAGAUUUUCAAAAAUUAUGAAGGCGCCACUCGAGAGCUCUCGCAGAUGACUCGAAAGCUGGCCCACGGUAUCGUGGUUCUUACUAGUGACGAAAGUCGCACAGAACCAUUUGCUCUCCAAGAAAUUCUGGACAGCAUGGCUCAGUCAUUGGCAGGUAUUGUGACAUCUGAGGAUGGCGCUCAGGAUCCCAAGGAUCCAAUCCUACUGCUCCUGAAUAGACUGCGCGACUUGGGUGGCCAGCUCGAUGGGCUUGACUCAAUUUCCUCGAAUCUCUCGCGUACAGUCGAAUUCGAGAGAGGCGCAUUCCCUUGGAUCGCUCGAGCGGAAGAGUUGAAAUCUAACAAAACCAUUUCACCGGAUGCGGACGAAGAGAUUCGUCGCUUGAAGAACGAGGUGCACGAAGUUUCCACAGCUCUUGGAGUCAAAGACAACACCCUCGAAGAGCGGGGGAUCAAAAUCGAGCUCCUCGAAUCACGCAUGCGCGAGACAAGCAAGAAAGCCUCAAUGGUCAAGGAUCUAGAAACGAAGAUCGAAGAAUUCCAGUCCUCCGAAUCCGAGCUCCAAAAGCUCGUUGAACGACAAGCAGUCGAACUCCAGGCCGUCGAAAAAGAGCGCGAGGAAAUCAAAUCCCGCUACGAGAAACUGAAGCACAUGUCCGGCGCUGCCGGCGUGACCACCACCGGAGACGGCAUCGUCAUCGACAACGAGGCCUCCCUUGCCGCUAUGCAGGAGAAUGAAUCCCUCCGCGCUGAGGUUGAAAGCCUGCAAUCUGCCGUUCGUUUCCUCCGAGAGGAGAACCGUCGCUCAAGCCUUCUCGACCCUUACUCUGUACAGCGGUCAACGGAGUUGCAUGCCUGGCUGGACGCACCGCUCACCCGAGCAACCCCCACCAUCGAGCAAGAGAAGAUUCAGCGCACAGCGCUGGAAAGCCGCGACGUCUUGACUCAUCUCCUGAAGUUGACCAAGGAAACACGUGUCUGCGACUUGAAGUCCACAAUGGCCCCCGCGGCUGGCAGCGAAGAGAACGAGAAUACCAACCGCAACGCAUGGCGGCCCUCAAAAUCGCGUCUGCGCUACCAGGUUCUCCAGCAACGCGAGAAUUUCGAGCACUGGGCCGAAUGGCGCGACGACAUUGUCCACCACGAGCGCGAGCAGGACCGUUUGGCGGCUGCGAAGCGUGAACGCGCGCUGCGUGACCGUAUGCCGAAACAUGCGCAUAAGGCCUCUGUUGAGUUUCCUCAGGGACUUGGGCAUGGGAUGAUGGGUCGGGCGUGGCAGAUUCUCGGCAUGCAGAAUCAGAAUCAUCGGAAGGCUGGUUCGGUGAGUAUGCCUGCGGAUGGGUUGGAGAUUGUGUCUUCGGACUAG